CUACAGAAGAACGAUAAUGUACCGCUCUUCCAUACUUAUCUUUCUGGGCUCUCUUACAGUUGUUUGGGGCUACUUUGAAGGUUGCGAUAAUGCCUAUACUUUAAAUCCGGGAGUAUCCUAUGUGGAGUCGCCAUAUUAUCCACAAAACUAUCCAGCCGGUUCAUCCUGUCGCUAUAAAUUUUCAGCCCCUUCGGAUUACUAUAUUCAAGCACAAUGCACCCUCAAUAUACCCACGACCAAUGGACAAUGCACUACCGAUAAUUUCUGGAUAGACACUGAGGGGGACUUAUUAAUGCGUAGUGCUGAGAAUCUUUGUGGCAGUGGCACUCUUUCUCGUGAUAGUCUUUUUACCGAUUUGGUCUUUGCCUAUAUCUCCACGGGAAGCCAAAGGGGCAAUUUUAAGUGUACCCUAACGGUGGCCAAACAGAAUUGUAAUUGCGGCUGGUCGGCCACACAGAGAAUAGCAAAUGGACAACAGGCAGCAGCCAAUGAAUAUCCCAGCAUGGUGGCUCUAAAGGAUAUAAGCAGCAAUUUGCCAUCAUUCUGUGGUGGUGCUAUAGUUUCCCAUCGUCAUAUAAUAACCGCUGCCCACUGUACACUUCAAAGAGUGGCCACAAAUGUUGUGGCAAUUGCUGGCACAAAUAAUCUACAGAAUCCCGCCAGUUCGCGUUAUUAUCAACAGAUAGGCAUUCAACAGUUUAUUCCCCAUGAGCAAUAUGUGAAUGAACCCUAUGUGGUUAAUGAUAUAGCCGUUUUGGUUACAGUCAGCAAUAUACCGUGGUCACGAGGAGUGGGUCCCAUUUGCCUGCCACCAGUCGGAACUACCAAGACCUUUGAGUAUGAUACGGCCGAUGUUAUUGGCUGGGGUACUAUAUUCUUUGCCGGACCAACUUCAGCUACUUUGCAAAAGAUCAACUUAAUGAUGAUAACCAAUUCUGACUGUCAGACUUCUUAUAAUGGUGUGGCCCAAAUCAAUGCUGGUCAAAUGUGCACUUAUGAUUAUUCUGGCAAUAGUCGGGAUUCGUGUCAAUACGAUUCUGGUGGCCCGGUUAUCUAUCGUCUCUCAAAACAAUUCUUAAUUGGUGUCGUUAGCUUUGGCAAGAGUUGUGCAGAGUCGGCAUAUCCCAUGGGUGUUAAUACGAGAAUUACCAGUUAUAUUCAAUGGAUACGUAACAAAAUUGGCGGUUCAAAUUGUGCGGUCAGCAUGUGAGGCAAAUAAAAAUCAAGCAAAAAGAA